AUGUCUGUAUGUGGGAUGACGGGACCAGGGCUUGGUCUGUCUGUGUUCCUGUUGGCUCUGCUUCAUCUUCUUCAAUGCUCAGGUAGGACUGACUUGGUUGACCUUUGGUUCUGUCUUGCCAAUCAUACAUGUAAAGGUAGCUACUGCUUUGCUUUAUCUUGGCCAGGUCGCAGUUGUAAAUGAAAACUUGUUCUCAACUGGCUUACCUGGUUAAAUAAAGGUGAAAUAAAACAAUAAAUAAAAAAAGCUACCAUAUUGUUUUUAUUUUAGCCAAGAUUGGUUGGGCUCAAGAGCAGCCAUCCAAACCUAGAUAAUUGUGUUAUGAUAUUACAAUACAGGUUGAGAAUGUAGACAGAGAGCAAUAUUUGCAGUGGUGCCUUGGUUUCACUGAUGUCCCUCAUAUCAGGAAAAUACAAUCUCAGACCAAUUCACUUUGGAAUAGUCAAACAGUCAACCAACCCUUUCCAUGAGAAUUAGCGCGCUUUGCCUCCUAGGCAAAUGUGGAGGACUAGGCUGUGUCACAGGCUAUGACUGAUUAUGUUGCAUUUCUCUCCUUGCUAUCCCUUCUCCCCUCCCAUUUCUCUCAUUCACUGUACCCAUUUCUCCCUCAUAUCCCCUCAUCCAUCCAUCCCCCAGCCCAGAACAACUACACUACGCGCCCAAAUAACUUAACAGUGGCUGCUGGCAAGCCUGCUGCCUUCCAGUGUGGUGUGUCCCCUCCUCCUAGACAACUCAACUUCACCCUCUAUGGUAGCCAUGGAAACAGAACCCUCAUCUGCCCAGGAAACCACACUGACUACCUGGCUGCCCAGGUCAGUGGCACAGCCUUAGCUUAUAUUAUACCAACCGUCCAGGUUACAGGUAUUUUCUCUGUACAGGCCAGGAUGACGCAGUUGACCUAAUUGGCAUGACCAUUGGUACAGCUGAAAUCACUGAGUACAGUAGCUCCAUUCAACAGGCCUGUUGGAGUGCAAAACAAUUACUUUCAUUGCCUCUUUAUCACUUGCUAAUUGGAGUCUUUAUGCAUCACCAGAUGAGAUAAGAUAUAAUCUCUCUCGCUCUCUCUCUCCCCACCCCUCUCCUCUCUCUCUCUUUCUUUCUCUCCCCCUCUCUCUCUUUCUCUCCUCUCAGUCAAUAAAAGGGUAUUGUAAUAACACAGGUAAGGAGCUCUUUGCAAUCUGGCUUAUCAGCGGGACGUCCCACUCUGACAACAACACACGUGUGGUAUGUGAGAGCUCAGGGCGACCACUAGUGGAUGGAUACCUCUGGGUGUACGGUAAAUACACCUCUCUAAAUACACCUUCCCUGAGCAUAUGGUAAUGGACAUUGUCAUCAUUAGCUAACCCUAAUCUCUUUGUCUGUCUGUCUAUCUGUCUCUGUCUGUCUGUCUAUCCUGUCUCUCCUGUCUGUCUAUCUGUCUAUCCUGUCUGUUUGUCUGUCUGUCUAUCCUGUUUGUCUGUCUGUAUGUCCUCUUUUGGAUACAUUUUCAGAGGACAGCAGUUACUUUGCCACCCUCAUUGGCUGUGUCAUUGGUGGUUUCUUUGGGAUCCUCAUCGUAAUUGGCCUGUCAUACACUGUGCUCAGGAGAUCUGAGAGGUUCCAGCGCUGUUUCAGUAAGUACCUCUCUACUUCAGCCCUAACAGAGGAUGGAUCAGAGAAUGAUGCCCUGCCCGGCGACGUUCAUAUGGUUCUCUUCUCUUUUCUGUGUUUGUGUCAACAGGGGGAAAAGACCGUGAGGAUGACGUUACCACAAUGGUGACAAAGGAUUAA